AUGGACGAAGUGGUCCAGAGAGCCAACCAAAUUGCCGAUAGAUUGGCCAAUGUGAUCAAUCAAAGUAACAAUAUCCCAGAUCAUACGCGGGUUCAACUUGAGCAGCUCUAUUCCGAGCUGACUCGCACGUCAACUUUGUACAGCCUGGUCCAUCACGACGAAGUAUGCCAGAUUGAAGCCGCCUCCACAACGCUCCUCGAACUCGCCCCCAAGGAACUGGCACCUUGCCGAGCCUCCUUUACGGCCAUCGACGCAAUCUUACUCGCCUUCGAGCAAGACCAGACCUCGUCCACGACUCCCAAGUAUGCAAGAAUCCUAUCCCAUACUCACAAACAACUGAAAGCGCUCCACGGCGACGUCCGCGCCGACCUCGUCCUCGCCAUCAGACACACCCUCAACCAAGACUUGUUCCGUUCCAACCCCUGCGCUAUACAACUCCGCAAUUUCGCCACUGCGCGCGACCCCAGCUUCGAGCACGAUAUCUGGCAGAUCCGAAUCCAACGCGGCGACGCGCCCCUGAAACCGAGCCUGCUCCUCGCGAAUCCUGUCCCUCCCCAGACCUGGACGCUUCAACGCCGCAUCUGCGAUUCGACGACAAUGGGGCCAUCGUCGAGACCCGUGCGGUAUCUCUGGAUGACCCCAAAGACCCUCAAGCUCGCUACAUUCCUGCACGCCGGUGCCUCAGCCUACGUCCUCCACUGUGUGGGCUUCCGCGUGGACCAGCCCCGUCGACGCAUGGAAUACCUCUAUGACGCGUCGCCCCUCCAGGGAUAUCACCGGGGGUUGCACAGGUUGUCGGACCACCUGGGUACCCCAGCGGGCCACUUCACGCGCGGGAGGCGCGAGGCUGCGGCGAGGUUGUCGUCGGACAGGAUCCGCUUUGCCGGGUCGCUGGCGAGGAGUCUGAGCGAGCUGCACGCCGCGGACCGGGUCCACGGGGACGUCCGCGCCGAGAACGUCUGGUUCGCGGUCCGGGGCGGGGAGUACGAGGCCCGAGUGUCGCUGCCGCUGCUCGUGGGGUUCGGGUUGGAGGCGGGCGAGCUCUGGCGGCGGACGGGUGACGACGGCAGCGGGGAGGCGGCGCUGGAGGAGGCGAAGAGGAGAGAUAUCCUGGCGAUGGGGGUGGUGCUGAUGGAGAUUGGGCUCGGGGGCGCCGUAGCGGAGGCGAGGGGGCCGGCAGGUGGUGGGGAUGCGAUCGCGGCGGCGGAGCAUCUGAGGACGCUAAACGGGGUCAUGGGCGGGCGGUAUACCGCCUCAGUGAGGGCCGCGCUGGAUCCAAGGCGUCUGCCGGGGGCUUUUGCGUCGCUGAAAGGGGUGGUUGGGGACGGCGAGGAGGUGUGUGGGCUCGAUCGGGCGUUUAGGGUCGUCGUUGUUGACGAGCUUCUGGGGGUUAUUGAAAGGGGAUGA